AAAGCAUGCUUAAAAACCAAAACACCAAACAAGUAAUUUUAAUUGGAUAUAUCGGUCAUGGUAAAACAACUCUAUUUAAUAAAAUUUGUAAAAAAAAUUAAGCAGUAUAAUUUGGUGGACCGUCGGUCACUAGGGAAUCAGUCCUUAGUUAAAGUGCAUAUGGAGAAGGUUUUAAUUUAUUAGAUACUCCUGGUCUUGGGUCAGAUUAAGAUAAAUUGGCACAUGUAAUUUGCAUAGCUGCAGCCUUAACAGUUGGAUAAAUUCAUCAGAUUUUAAUAGUUGUUUAGUUAGAAAGGUUGGGAACAAUGAAAGAGAAGUUAAGACCAAUGAUCUAAUAGUAAUUUAAGAGAUUUAAAGAUAUCAUCACAGUUGUUGUAACUAAUUGGGAUAAAGCAGAUUAACCUGAAAUAAGGAAAAAAGAAAUUGUUGAUUUACUUAAAGGUUUUAAUAUUAAAUCUUUGAUUCUUGUAUCAAAAGAAACAGAAGGAAAAGAAAUAUGUUAAAUAAUCGAAGGAAUUCUUUAGAAAAGCGAUUAACAAGGAAAAAGUUGUUAACUAACUUAAGCUGAGAUAUAAUCAUAUUUUGAUAUUAUUGAUUUGUAGGAUGAUGUGAUUGAUUAACUCAAUGAUGCAAAAGGGAUAGUUAGUACGUAUUUUGAUAAAAUAGCGAAAGCAAUAAAAAGUUUCAUCAUAAAAUUUUCGGAAACUGACCCAACUAUGCCAGAGGUGAUGCAUCAAUUAACAUUAGCCAUUAAAGAAUAUGCAGAUGAAACACUCUUAAAAUUUCAAAAGGAUAAUAUCGAACUUUUUAAUCAUUUAUAUUCCAAAUUAGAAGAUGAGAACUUAGUCUAUAUAAUUGAUGCACAAUUAAAAUAAGAAUUAGUAAUUUAAGUAAAUGGUUUGAUUUCUCUUGCUUAAAAAAAGAUGAAGCUAUCCUAAAAUUAAUGUUUUAAUUAUAUUCGACAAUGCCCCCAUUGUGGAGAGAUAUGGAUGAAAGUCUUUGGAUGUGAGGAUAAAACAUUUUGUGGAAAAUUACCAGAGAAUGAAGCAGAACAUUUCAAAUAAGAGAAGAUUCCCAGAAGAUUUAAAUUUUCAUUCAAGGAAUCUGGAGUCACAUAUAAUGAAUUAGAAAUUUCAUUUUAAAAAAUAGAUAAGAGUAAUUAAACAAAGAAAUUUAAUCCAAUUGAAAGGAGAAAUUACAUUAUGGCAAGAGUAAUUAGUUAACAUUCUGAAUUUUACAGGCAACUUAUUCAAAAUCGGCUAGAAAAUACAGAAGUAAGCUUUCAGUACUUCCAUGAAUAGUUAUAAUCGAGCUUAGAUUUGGAAAUAAAGGGUAAGAUUGGUUGUGGUAAAUCAUUUAUAUGGCAUGAAUUAAAGCCUUUAGCUGAAGAGUAGUUAAAGGAAUUGUUGGAUCCUGGUGUGUUGGAUUAUUUGGCAAAUGUAGUAGAUGAGGAGAAAAAAGCUAAAUAAAUUGAAUUAGCAACAAAAAUUGAAAAUCUUUUGAAACCAGCAAAGUACAAUUUUUAGAAUGAAAUGAAUUAGUAUGUUGGAAUAUUCAUCAAAUAAAUAAAUUUUUUUUGA